AUGGUCAUUCUUUUGUUAGUGCAGCUGGCUCUGUUUUGCUCGGUUGCUUUAUGUGCAGGUCUCAAAGGACGGAUUGCUACAAAUGUGGUCAUGCAAGAUGUGGCAGAUCUUCCAGUCGGAACAAAGGUGGUAAUCAAUCAUGGCGAGUAUACCAGCUAUUUGACAGAGUCAGGCGAUUUUAAUUUUCCGGCCGUUCGUGAUGGAUCGCAUUUGCUGCAAGUGUUGUGCUUGCAAUAUAAUUUUCCCAAAAUUAGGCUGGAUGUAAAUGGUAAAAUAGUUCGCGCAUCCAUCACAGAAACCGGAAAAGGAUGGGAAGUCCAUGGGAAAUUUGUUGAUAUUCCACUUGUUCUUGAACCGCUCGGUUCAUUCAACUUUUUCAGACAACGUGAAGGGUUUAGCAUCAUGUCUAUUUUUGCUAAUCCUAUGCUGCUUAUGAGUGGGGGUACCAUGCUACUCUUUUUCCUUUUGCCCAAAAUUCAAGCUAGCGUUGAUCGAGAGGCCGUCGAGGAGUAUAAAAACAACCCAGAUGCACCCAAGCUUCCCAGUAUGGAGAUGCCUAAUAUUAGCAAAAACUUGGCCGAUUUCUUUUCUCCUAGUGACUCUAAGAGCAAGGAAAUUGCUCAAGAAACUGAAGAUAGUCAAAUGCCACCUUCACCUAAACCUAUCAAAAGCUCUGCUUCUAAAUCUACUCCAAGCAAGUCUUCGAAAAAGAAAAAUAAGGAUUAA